AUGGUCGCUUGCUAUCCUGGGAAUGGAACUGGGUAUGUUCGUCAUGUGGACAAUCCAAAUGGUGACGGGCGCUGCAUCACCUGUAUUUAUUACCUGAAUAAGAACUGGGACUCCAAGCUGCAUGGUGGAAUUCUUCGGAUAUUCCCAGAAGGAAAGUCCUAUGUAGCAGAUGUUGAGCCGAUUUUUGACCGAUUACUUUUUUUUUGGUCAGAUCGAAGGAACCCACAUGAAGUCCAGCCUUCUUAUGCAACCAGAUAUGCCAUGACCGUGUGGUAUUUUGAUGCCGAAGAAAGAGCAGAAGCCAAAAAAAAGUUCAGGAACUUAACUGACGCAAGGAAGAGAGAAGCACCCCUUAAUGAAGACUAACCAACUGUUGCUGAACUCUUUGUGAGGAAAUAAGAUUCCCAAAGAUGACUUCCAUUUCCAGUGAACAAGGGCAAAUUCUUGUUAUGCACAAGAAGGCACUGGUGGUGUCUAGUAUGUGCAUCUUAUACUGAUGGUACUUAAGGCAGCCUUCUGUCAUGCCUGCAUCUGGCAGAAGGAACACUUGUUUUCUCUUUGCCUUUUGCUGGAAAAAGUAACCAGGGUUAAAAAAAAAAUAAAAUCACUAAGCCUAGUGGUAGUGGCUCAGCCAACUGGCUUUUGAUCACUCUUGUAACCAAGAUAAUGGUCAUUGGAACUAGUGGUAAAAACCUGAGUCUUAUUUG